UAUAAAUAUUUUCAUUCAAUUAAAUCACUUGAAACUCGCUAGUCUAUAAAGAGUUGCCAAUGUUGCAAUGUUCAUUCACAUUGAAGCGAAUGCAGUUCAAGAUGAAAUUCAAGUUUAUUUACUAAAAAGUUUAUCCACUUUUACCAUGUUUACUUCCUGCUCUUUAACUUGUCGUGCUGUAAAUAAUUGUAUCAAUUUGUAAAACUUUCUAUUCACUCAAACAACAAACUUCAAAGAAAAUUUUCUUUCUCUUCAUCGGAAUAAUCAUUCUAUUUGCGCAUCAAUUUUAUCACCAACUUUAACUCGUGUUUUUUUGUGUAAUCAUUUCUCUGAGUGUCAACGGUGUCUAAGUGUUUCUUCAUUGCUUUUGUCUAUUCUCACCUUUAAUAUUUGGUCCAAUUUUGCAUUCUGCAAACUUCCAUGGUCAGCACUAUCCAUCCCUGCCAAUCCAAUCAUAAUAGCAACUUAGUCAAUUACAAAUCAUGGUCGUCUUGUUUACCUCGGAAUCACAUUUUGCUUUCCUCUUUUGCCAACUUUUGGCUACUCUUGUGCACACAAUUUAUACUCUUGAAAUUGACUGUAAUCGCACUUAUACCGGUACAGUCGGCAUCAAGUACCCAUUGUACCUAAAGGAACCUCUACAAAAGUUUGCCGCCUUCAACUGUCAAGUAACAUUUUCAGCUCUUGGACAAAAUCAUGGAGAUAUAGUUGAGCUUACAAUAUUGUCUUUUCAAGUUGGAUACUUUCCAAUAACAAAAGAGCAUCCAGCCUGUGAGUAUGGUUAUGUAAGAAUCCAUGAAAAACAAACCAGGAAACCUGCCAAUGCAUCAACUCUUCCUGUUGCAACAACACAAGAUACUUCAAAUUUUGGUAAAUUUUGUGGACAACUUAUGAGCCGAAGAGCCAUUUUGUACAGCCAAGGAAAUAUUUUAACAUUAUCAAUUAUACUUCAAGAUGGUCGAGCUUUUUUCAGUCAAUAUUUACCACUUAAUAUUUAUUUAACAUACAGAUUCCUAUCAGCCUCAGCUUUACCUAAGCAACCAACACAUUCAGAAUCAAUACACAACACUGAGAUUGGAAUGAAAUUACCUGAAAAUUUGUGUAACCAAAUAUUCGAUGAUUGCCUGGAACCCAAUAAAUGUCGCCUUUUAUCUCCAAAUUAUCCUGGAUUUUAUCCUCGAAAUAAAACUUGCCAUUAUCUGAUUCGACAGAAAGUUGACUCAUCUCAGAUAGGAAGCGGACUUGGACCUAGAAUAACUAUUAAUCAAUCGAAUGAGUAUAAAAUUUCCAUUUUUUCGGGAUCAUCGUCGACCAACAAUGGUAAACAAACUCGAACUGGUCUCAUAUCUGAUUGUCCAUUGGAUAGAGUAACAGUUUACGAUGGGCCGAGCACUAGCUCACCCAGACUACUUCAGUUUUGUGGGACUGGAGCACUACCCACAUUGACAUCCAGCAAGGGUGAAAUGUUGCUAGUGUUGACAAGUGUCCAAGAUAAUGCACUUUCCGAUUCUCGGUUUGAGAUCAACAUUCAAGUCAACAUGGUUAAGAAGGAGGUUAACCGUGAAGUGAGCAAGACAGGCCAAGGUGGAGGUCGAGUUGAUGCUAGAGAAGGCAUUGGUUUAGGUUCAACUAGACGUGUGGAGAGUGACUUGAAUCCAUUGGGUUAUCCUAAGUGUGAAUACAUUUACGAUGGCUCAGUGUCACGGUCUGGUCGGAUUGAGGCUACGGUGGCACCUUCAACUGCUCACAAUACAAGUUGUUUGUAUCGUUUUACAUCACCUUAUAGUUUUGAUAAAAUUUGGUUACGCUUUAUAUCAUAUUUUACCGAAGACUCUCAUCCCUGGUCAACAGAGGAAAAAUGUGAUUCAGGUGAAAUGAAAAUCAGUGAAAUUGUUAGUGAAGAUGAAAUAACAGGGAAACCAUUUCAUUCAUCAAAAUCAUCAUCAUCAUAUCCAAUUUCACCAAAGAGACAACAGCAAAAACUGAUUGGACAUUUUUGUGAGAAAAUUUCACCCAAAAUUUGCGGUCGAGCUUUCACUGGAUACAACUCAAUGGUUCCUUGCUCAUAUCCAAAAGAGUCUUACCUCUCCAAAGGACCCAAUCUAUUGAUUAGCCAAUUUCAACGCCGUCUUCCUGGUUUAACCUAUUUACCAACCAAAUUUACUGCUCAAUACGAGUUUAUUGACACGGCCGAGUCGGGUGAACCAAUCAUUGGUACACUUUGUGAUCGUCGCUUUACUUCAACCCAAUCAUUAUCGGGUCACAUAUGGUCGAGUCGUAAUGUCUUUUAUUAUGGUCGAGGAGGUAAUUCAGAUGUUUCCUGUUCAUAUUAUUUCAAUGGUAGAGUUGGUGAGAAACUGGUUUUACGGUUAACCUCAUUGAAACUAUCCACAUCUACCUGCCAGCAAGCCACUAAUGGGCCUGUUCAAACGUACUCUUGUUACCCGGGCUCAUCCUCACCGAGUCAGUCUACAACAAGAGGUAAAGCAGCUUACAAAAGAGUAAAAGAGAGAAACAAAUUUUCACCAUUAUUGCCUUCUUCACCGCCUCACCCAACAUCAUCCACAUCCCCAUCUUCAUCAAGCUUACAAUCAAACCUGAUAACAUCAUCAACGUUACGGGUCUAUGAUAGUGUCACCAAUGAGCUUCUCAGUGUCGCCUGUUUCUGUGAUUCGGCCAACUUGACGGCCACCAUUUCAUCGCCAAUCAUUCUUAAUCUAAUUGGACCACAUUCAGUACUCAAUUUCACUAUAACUGGAAUGAGUUCAUUACAUGAUUUCACUGAUUUCCAUUUUGAGGGAAAAUAUGAAUUUGUUGCCAACAAUUAUUGUACAACCAAUGCAAUUGAUUUAAUUAAAUCAGAUGGAGAGGGUGAAAUCAGCUAUACAGUGCCUUCAGAUCAUAAUUUUAGUAACAAUAAUCAAUUUAAAUGUCGAUGGAUUUUCGUUUGGUAUCCAAAUAAAUUCGUUUCACUUCAUAUCAAUGGAUAUCGACCCAGAAGAGGUCAAAAGUGCGAGUCGAAAAAUCGAUUCAUCAUUUAUUGGGAUUCACCUUGGAGGCCGAUGGCAACCAUUUGUGCUCGAAGCAACUCGACUGGACUUGAUGGAGUCGGAAAUGAUCAUGUAGAGACCAUCAAUCUAUCUUUAUCUUUGAUGCAAGAAAGAUCUUCUUCCUGGUCUUCAAUGACUUCACCGGUAUCACCUCGGUCUACUUUGGUUCCGCCAAAUGAGCACAACAACUUUGCCUCUUCAUCAACACCUAAUCAAGAUCAACACUAUUACCAAUCGAGACCUCAAGAUUCAAUGUAUCCUUCUUCACCCAUUUCAUUCUUCAACUCUUCCUCUCUUAGGUUCAUCAUUGAGAUAAUUGCUGAAACUCCUUCGGCUACAUUCAACUUUCGCUGGGUUACUCAAAAGACUCCUGUAAAUGCUCGGAAAACGGAAACGAGUGAAACCCUGAGAAACACUGAUUGCCUUUACAAGUGUCCGGAAUUCAAUUUUUGUCUCAGUCCUGAUUUACUUUGUGAUGGUGUUAAACACUGUCCUUCGGGUUACGAUGAAUCAAACGUUUUCUGUUCAUCUUCCUUUCUUUUGGUAUACUGUUUCCUGGCACUGGUUACCAUGGUUGCCAUAGUGGCUGGUAUACUUUACAGUAUUGUACGAACCUUGAAACGUCGAUCAAACCAAUUGUCAUCCAUCCAUGAUAACCACUCGUGUCAACCUCCAGCCACCAUUUGCUCUCUAUUUGAUGGGCAAGGGUCAACCUCAACCGGUUCACUUUGCUCAUCAACACUUCACAAUCGCAACUCAACUUCAUCACCUUCAGCUUAUUUGACAUCAAGCACCACUCAAGGGCCUGCAACUUUGUCCACUUUGAAUGAAUUCGAGUUUCAUCCAACUCUUCAGUCUCACCAUUACUAUCAUCAUGCACAUCACCAUGACAAUAAAAAUAAUCUUCAUAAUAACCAUUCAAACCAUCAGCAACAUCAGCUUCAACCACUUAUCAACCAAUCAACCAUGUGGACUUUCAAAAGGUCCGAGUUGAUGGGAGUUUAUUCCGACAAUUGUGAUAGAAACGUGUGACAAUCUCAUUUAUAUUGAAACAUGAAAAAGUCCUUAUCAAUAAAAGUUUAAUUAACAAUUAAAUUCUCACAUAAAUAAUGAAAAUUGACAAACUUUUACCCCCUUUGCUGUAUAUUGCUAUAAUUUUCCAUAAUCUAUUGAAAAUUCGAGUUUUAAUUGUUGAACAAAAUGAUGCGUAAAAAGUCCAAUUCAUAUUGCAUUUUUGUACAUUUCAUGCUGACUCACGUGUUGACAAAAUGACAACAAUUGUAACAAACUUACAAUCUUUUAAAAACUUGUCCGAAAUGAUUAAAACACAAUUUGCAUCUUAAUUCAAGAGCAUCAAGUUUCAUAAUACAUAAUCGAUUUUUAAUAUCAGUUGCAUCUCGUUUUGAUCUGAAAUUGUCUUUCGA